AUGCUUUCUGCGUUUGUCCUUCUUUCCCUAGCACUCACCUGCGAUGCCCUCACGUUGCCUGCCAGCCAGGACACCGUGGGGUUUUCUGAAAAUACGUGGAACGGCAACCUGGUGACCUCUCUGUCCACAGACGACUAUGCUGGAUACACUGCCGACCGCUUUGGCGGGGCCCAGGCUGGCCCUGCCUCCCAGGAGGCUCUGACUUCGAGCUCCCAGGCAUUCCAGGAGCCUGCUAUCCAGACUAGCUCUAGCUCUCUGGAGCCUGCUUUCGAGACUAGCUCUAGCUCUCCGGAGCCUGCUUUCCAGACUAGCUCUAGCUCUCCGGAGCCUGCUUUCCAGACUAGCUCUAGCUCUCCGGAGCCUGCUUUCCAGACUAGCUCCCUGGAGCCAGCUUUCCCAACCAGCUCUGAACAGUCUUCCCCGGAAGUGGCUGCUUCUUCGGGAACUUCGUCCAUUUGGGCGUCCCAGACCUCCGCCGGUCCUUCGGAAAUCAACUCCUCCAGAGCCUCGCUUCCAUGGGAAUCUCCGCUGUCGGAGCUUCAGGCUGCUUCUGCUGCUCCAGAGGCUGAACUGUCGGCGCCAUUUGGGUCUGAGUCUUCUGCCGCUGAGUCGUCUGUCGCUGAGUCUUCUGCCGCUGAGUCUUCUGCCGCUGAGUCUUCUGCCGCUGAGUCUUCUGCCGCUGAGUCUUCUGCCGCUGAGUCUUCUGCCGCUGAGUCUUCUGCCGCUGAGUCUUCUGCCGCUGAGUCUUCUGCCGCUGAGUCUUCUGCUGAGUCUUCAUCCCAGCCUGAGGCAUCUGAAUCCGCUCAAUCCUCUGAGCCAAUCGAGUCCUCCGUCGAGUCCUCCGUCGAGUCCUCCGUUGAGUCCUCCAUUGAGCCUUCUGAGUCUGCCUACUCUGAGCCAGCUUCAAGCGCCUCCGCUGUUCCCUCAGAUAUCCCCUCUGCGGUUGCUUCUUCUGCGGCUUCUUCUGCGGUUGCUUCUUCAACUGAGGCCGCCUCCACCUCCGCUCCGGCUUCUCUGGCAGAAGCCAGCUUUUCUUCUCUCUCCAACUCCACCGUGGAAUCCACGCUUCUCACCACCAGACUCGUCACCUUGUCUGCCGAAAACGGCCCCACCACCGUCUACACCACCGAAGUCGUCACGGAGGUUGUCACUGUGGGCGGCAGCGGAAACGGCGGUGACGAAAACGGAGAUAACACCCAGAACAGCGCUCCCCAGGUCACCACGGAUGUCCAGACCACCACCGAUGCCGAUGGUACUGAGGAAACCACCGUUGAGGUGACCACCCUCGUGACGGAAGCUGCCGAGGCCACCGGCGGGUCAGGCAGUGGCGGUGAUGGAAAUUCUGGAAAUGGUUCUGGAAAUGGUUCUGGUUCUGGAAACGGCAAUGGCUCUGGUUCUGGAAAUGGUUCGGGUUCUGGAAACGGCAAUGGCUCUGGUUCUGGAAAUUCUGGAAAUUCUGGUAACGGUUCCGGAAAUUCUGGUAACGGCUCUGGUAACGGCUCUGGAAAUGGUAACGGCUCUGGCUCUGAAAACGGCAAUGGCUCUGGCUCUGAAAACGGCUCUGGCUCUGGCCCUGACGGUGAAGACGACUCCAACGACCAGACCACCCUGACCGUCCUCUACACCGUCACCGUCGACAGCCCCUCCUCCUCAGAAACUCCAGUUUUGCCCUCUUCGCCAGGCCAGGGCGGCUACGGAAGCAACAGCACUGUUUCGCUGGACUCGUCCCUGCCUUUCACUUCUUUGUCUGGAAACAGCAGUGACUCGUACUCUACUGCUGCCUCCAACUCCUCCACGCUUUUGAGCGGAGUCCAGCUUCCACAGCUGUCCACGUUCCUUCUGGUGACCUCCAGCGCCACCCCCUCCGGUUUUUAG